AUGGCCAAGCAAUACGAUGUCCUAUUCAGACUACUCCUCCUAGGAGAUUCCGGGGUUGGAAAAACCUGUUUGUUGUGCAGACUCACAGAAAAUGAAUUCUUUUCGCCGCAUAUUUCAACCAUUGGGAUGGAUUUCAAAAUGAAAACUCUCAAAGUAGAUGGAAUCCAUGUACGAAUACAGAUAUGGGAUACAGCUGGGCAGGAGAGGUACCAAACUAUUACCAAGCAGUACUACAGACGAGCACAGGGAAUCUUCUUUGUGUAUGACAUCACCAACGCACUUUCUUUCCAGAAUAUAGUAAAGUGGGUUAGUGAUGCGGAUGAGUGUGCACCGCAUGCAGUGCAGAGGAUUCUAGUAGGCAAUAAACGUGACGAGGAGCACGGAAGACGGGUGGCCACAGAACAGGGGAGCAAGCUUGCCAAGUCUUAUGGGAUGGAAUUCUUUGAGACAAGUGCCUGUACCAACUACAAUAUUACUGAGGCAUUCACCCGGUUGACUGAGAUGGUACUGCAAGCCUACAGGACAGAGCUGAAGAGUAUACUGCCACCCAACAGGGAUGAGUUCACUCUUACUGAGCCAGAGGAGGAGGAGGAUGAAUAUGACACAUGUUUAUGUUAGGGGAAAUGUGGACGUGAAAAGGAUCUUUGCCCUCCCUCUUUAGCUGAUACAAAAUACCUGUUUAAUCUGUCAGAUAGGUGAUUUAUGAUUUGAACAGCCUCCUUUCGUUGUACAUAACAAAUUGACUGUGCUUAUAAAAAACAAAAAAUUACAAUAUUAUGCUCUGAGGAAUAGCAAACAUACGGGAAGUGCACUCCUGAUCAUCAAUGCAAAAAGUGGCAUAGGUGAGGGUAAACUUUUUUUUUUUCUUUUUUUUCCUUUUUUUUUUAAGAUUUCAGGUGAACUUGAAAAUUGUUCCACUUGAAUGAUCCCAAAGGGUUCUAUACAAAUAGGCUGAGCCAUGAGAACUGAAUUUGUUAUUGGAUUACCUUGAAUGGCCUGCAGUGUUGUGCAAGGAAAAAGGUUCCAUACUAGUCCUAUUAACCUUAGAACUGAAGAAAGACUGUGUUGAUCUCCCUGUAUUAAAAACCCUUAAAUAUGUAAGACAUCUUUGCUCAUUGGUCUAGAUAUACAGCAAAUGACCAAGAAUUGGCCUGAAGUCCUUUGUCAGGCAGUCAAGGGGUAGUUUUGGAAUUUGAUUAUGUAUGUACAAACUGAAGAUGUGGUAUACUUGUUAUUUCCUAUGACUGUGUGUACCUAUUAGAGCAGUGUUUGUUUUUAAAACAUUAUUUUCCACAGUAAUGUUAUUGAUGCACAU